CUGCUCGGUGCUCAGUUGGUCAACUAAAGUCCUAACCUCAGCGUGAGACUCCACCCCUUUACGAGCAUCGGACACCUUCAGCACAACAAAGCAUGUGUCGCUCCGCAACAUUGUUUCUCCUCUGAAUGUACGGAAUAUAGGAUUUUGCCGGAUUUUGUGCCGUUUGCGUUCCCAUUGAUGCGAAUCCUAGAUGGCUACCAUGACAACAGAGGCAAGUGCAGUGAGCGAGGCGGACACCGAGGGCCAGCAGAAGGCCAGCGGCGCCGGACCCGAAUCAGAGAACAAGCAGAAGCCAGUGGCGGCAGCAUCUGAGCCAGAGGGGGAGCAGUCGGGCAAUAAGGCCCAGGAGCAGGCCUCUGAGCCUGGGUCUGCUGAUGUAGCUACCUCACCCGAGGAGGAGCAGCUGAAGCCUCGCACCCGGACCUCUGCGGGCAAAGGCCUGUCUCGCCUCUUCUCCUCUUUCCUCAAACGGCCAGAGGAGGAAAAAUCUGAGGAAAAGGGGAAGAAAAAAGAGAAGGGCAAGAACAAAGGAAAGAAGGAGGAGAAGGAGGAAAAGGAGGCAAAAGGGCCAAGUGAGGAGCAGGUGAAAGCACCGAUUGCUGCUCCAGAGCCUGAGCUUAAAACGGAGCCAGACACUGAACAGGCCCCUGAUCAGCACUCGAUAAGCAGCGGAGAGACGCAGGUGAGUAAAGAGAAGAAAGAGGAAGAAGCAGCAAAGCAGGAGAAAGAAGCUGAAGGAGAGGAGAAGGCAAAGGAGGAGACGAAGAAGGAGAAGCCAGGGAAAGAAAAGACAGAGAAGAAGACAGAAGAGGUUAAAGGCUCCAAACGUCAGAAAACCAUGCAAUGCAAAGUCACCUUACUGGACGACACUCUGUUUGAGUGUGAGCUUGAUAAACAUGCUAAAGCCCAAGAACUUUUAACAAAGGUGUGUGACCAUGUUAACCUGCUGGAGAAGGAUUAUUUUGGCCUGGCUCACUGGGAAACACCAACCAACAAGACGUGGUUGGAAGCCACCAAAGAGAUCCGGAAACAGGUGUCGGGUGCUGUGUAUGAGUUUACAUUCAACGUGAAGUUCUACCCUCCUGAUCCAGCACAGCUUACUGAAGACCUCACCAGGUACUUUCUGUGUGUCCAGCUGAGGAAGGACAUUAUGCGUGGUAUUCUUCCCUGCUCCUUUGUCACACUGUCCCUGCUGGGCUCCUACGCAGCCCAGUCGGAGCUUGGAGAGUACGACCCAGAGCUCCAUGGAACAGACUAUGUUAAGGAUCUGAGCCUGGUCCCCGGACAGAGCAAAGAGCUGGAGGAAAAGGUGAUGGAGCUGCACCGCACAUACAGGUCAAUGAGUCCAGCCCAAGCAGACAUGUUGUUUCUGGAAAAUGCCAAGAAACUUGCCAUGUAUGGAGUAGACCUUCACCAAGCCAAGGAUCUUGACGGUGUCGACAUCACGCUGGGGGUUUGCUCUAGUGGUCUGAUGGUUUACAAGGACAAGCUAAGGAUCAACCGUUUCCCUUGGCCCAAAGUGCUCAAGAUCUCUUACAAACGGAGCAGCUUCUUCAUCAAAAUCAGGCCAUCAGAGCAAGAGCAGUAUGAAAGCACAAUUGGCUUCAAACUGCCCAACUACAAAGCCUCGAAGAAGCUGUGGAAAGUUUGUGUUGAACACCAUACCUUCUUCAGGGUUCCAACAGUAGAGCCUCCCUCAUCACGUCGCUUCCUUGUCUUGGGCUCUAAGUUCAGAUACAGCGGGCGUACUCAGGCCCAGACCCGCCAGGCCAGCUCCAUGAUUGACCGCCCAGCCCCACGCUUCACACGCUCUGCGAGCAAGAGGCUGUCACGUAACCUAGAUGGAGCUGGAGAUGAAACUCUCCAGCUCCUGCAACAACUCUCAGCAUCAUCCAGGCCUGAGUUUGAUGAUUGGUCGCUGAGGCUUGCAUCUGACAAACCCCAGCUUUCUCCUGAAUUCCCAGCCAGAGGGGAGUCUGAGCAGCCUUUCAUUCAGUCCUGGGAGGAGGGGCAGUCUGUUCACACCGUCACAGUAACCUGGCAGGACACUGAGACUGGGCAGACUUGCUCUGAAACCAUCACCCAGACAGCAAGUCAGCCGUGGCAGGAGCUGGCAUCUGAUGAAAGUAGAAAGGAAGACGAGUGGUCUGCCCUGCUCUAUCGUCAUCCUCCUUUUCCCCUUGUCCCACCUUUUGAUUCUGUGAAACGGCCAGCUAAGAUCAGCCUGGCAAAAAUGAGCUCUAUGGACAGGCUAUUUCAACCAGCCCAGACACAGCAAGAUGACUGGUUCCUUUACUUUGACCGAAUCUUCAGCUUAUCCUCACUUGAGUGUGCUGAUAAAACAUUCUCCCCCCUAGCUCUGUUCCAGCUCCAAGAGAAGGAUGAGCAGGGCAUGCAUGUGGUAGAGCAGGAACAGACCAGAACAGAGAUUAUUAAGAGGCUGCAGGAAAGUGUGAUCUUGGUAGACAUGCUGACAGAGGCAGAUAUUUUGGAAAGGAGGCUGAGUAAAGUGAAGGAUUUAGAGGAAAGGCUCCAAGAAGUGGAUGAGAUGGCAGAGAGAAUUCAGGGAGUAAUAGAAGAGGAAUUAGGUAAGGAAGAGGUAGAUAAGUUAAGAGAAGAAGAGGGAGAUUUGAAGCAUGAACAACAAGUUGAAGGUAUGACUGAAAGAGUGGUGAAGAAAUCUGUGAGGAGAAUAGAGGUAAACAAGGAUGAAGUGGAUGAACUGGAAGAGCAGAUAAAGCGGGUGUUUCUAAAAGGCUUGUUGCUUGAAGAGGAAGUGGCUGAGGUGAUGCAGAAGAGUGAAAAAGAGGGGACAGACGAAAGUCAGUUGGAUGAUGGCCUGAGAGAGAAGCUACGGCAGAUGGAAAAGGAAUGGCAAGACGAGGUGGAGGAGAAGAUGUCGGAUGUUGGCAGUACCAGCUCUGUAGUAGCAUACCAGAAGGUUGAGCGCAGGACUAAGAAGAGAGUGACUAUUGUAGAAGAGAGAGAGCAGAGGCAGGAAGAAAUGGAAGAUGGGCAGGUACAGUCUGGUGGAAUGUCAGAGGAGAGGCUAGAAAAAGGGGGAGCAUGGCAUGAGACAGAAAUACUGGGCUAUAUAACUCAGAGAAAAGUUACAGAGAGGCUUCAGGCUGAGGAUCCAUCUCAGGUGGCAGAUAAGGAUGUCUGGUUCAUACUUUUCGACCGACCUCCAUACAAAGCUGUUUAUAAACCACCAGUUACCACUGUGGAACGUGCUCAGGUGGAUGAAGGCGAGUAUUUCACCUCAACAAAUGAGAUUACAACAGUUGAGGAGAAAACAGAGAUUAUAGUAGAAGAAGGAGAAAUAAGAGAAGAGGAAGCAUGGCGUGUACCAGACAUCCCACCACCAUCACAGACCAUCACAGACAAGGCUGAUGACUGGUUUGUGUUGCUGGAUGUUAUUCCCAGACAAACGCCUUAUGUACCACCAGUUACGUUGAAGGGAAGAGAUGCAGCAAGUUUGGUCUCAGUGGUUGGAACUGCAGCCGAUGAGGCAAUUAGAGAAGUAGUAGCUGAAGAGAGAAAGGUAAUAGAAGAGGCACCAAGACACCUAGAAGAAAUCCCACAGCAGCCAGUGACAGACAGAGAUGCUGACUGGUUUGUGUUGCUGGAUGUUGUUCCCAGAGGAACAUCAUAUGUACCACCAGUUAUGUUGAAGGGAAGAGACCCAAUGGAUGCGGAAAGUUUUGUCUCUGUGGUUGGAACUGCAACCGAUGAGACAAUAAGAGUAGUAGUAGCUGAAGAGAGGAAGAUAACAGAAGAGGCACCAAGACACCUAGAAGAAGUCCCACAGCAGCCAGUGUCAGAGAGUGUUGACGACUGGUUUGUGUUGCUGGAUGUUGUUCCCAGAGAAACAACAUAUGUACCACCAGUUGUUGCAGAGCAUGUGGAAGUGUCUCAAGAAGAACGUGUCUCUCUAGUUGAAGUAACAACCAUUGAGUGGAGAGAAAAAAGAGUGGAGGUGGUAGUAGCAGGCACUGAAAUAACAGAAAUCCAGAGUGAAAAGCAAGUUGUAGCAGUUUCACAGGCUUUGAGAGAGAUAGAAGAUAACUGGUUUGUGCUGCUGGAUGUUCCUGCUAGAGAACCAUCAUUUGUGCCAGUUACCAUGGCAGAGUACGUUCAGGUUUAUCCUGAAGAAAGCAUUUCUACUAUGGCCGAAACAAUAACAGUAGAGUCCAGGAAGAAGGUUGGAGUUGAAGAGACUGUGGUGUGGAAAGAGGACAAGGAGCUUCCCAAGCAAAUUAUCCCAGAGCAGAAAAUGUCUCAGCCAGUCAGAGAAAGAGUCAUUCCUUUUGAGAUUAUUCCAGAUGUGCAGAAGAUGUUUGAGGCUGAGGUGACGCCCACAGAGACUAGAAUAUGGAAGAAGAUAAUUGGCGCAGAGAGCAGGCAGGAUGAGACGCGUCUGUCUGAAAUUAGACCUAGCCAAACUGCACCACCGUCGGAGAGAGGAGGCGGCGAUGAUUGGUUUGUCAUGUUCGACGUCAUCCGUGAAAAGCCUGUUGUCAUACCGCCAGCUGCUGUGGUUGAGCGUAUUGUGGGUGUGGUGGCAGCCACAGAACCAAAACCAAAAUUCAUCCUGGAAGACAUGAGGCCGCCUAUGAAGUUGGUGGAGAUUACACCACCACAUCCGAGACAGGUGGAUGAUGACUGGCUUGCGCUGCUAAAUGUUGCAGUGAAAGCACCAGUGACUGCGGACCAGCGUAUCCGUGUGCAUCCUGAAGUAAGACCAGCUAAAGAGUUUUCAGCCAUAGAGCAGAGAGCACAGCAGAGAGUUACUAUAGUGGAGGAAAGGUGGCAGCAGGAGAAGAUGGUACAGCAGAAACCGCAUCCAGCAAUGAGAGAGGUGGAAGAUGAUUGGUAUACUCUUUUGGACAUGGCCACUAAGAAAUCAGUCGCUGUCCCUGAGCGCAUCCAGUUGCCAGCAAAGGCGAGAGCUCCUGCUGCUGUGGCCAAAACAAGGAUCGCUAUUUCCGAGAUGAGACCGCAGUUUGAGAAACGGAUCCGGGAGGAAAGACGUCCACUCCCAGAAACGCAUAUCAGUGAUGAUUGGUUUGUUCUACUAGAUGUUGGCCUCAAACAGUCAGUGGUGAGUGCACAGAGGGGCACCCGUCCUGUCAGUGCUCCGGUCUUCUCCCAGGCUGCUCUGGCAGAGGCUGGGAUCCCCAUGGCCCCUUUCGAUCAGCCCCAGACCUCCACUCCAAUCAAGACCGACCGCAAGGAGGAAAGAAAGCUGGAGGUCACUGUAGAAGCUGUGGAGCCAUCAAAAAUCGAGGCUGUGACUGAGGUCAAGCCAGCAGUGUGGAGGGACCACAGAGAAGUAGACUCUUCACUGAUAUCCACCAUCAAUGGGGACAUUCAGCACGAGUCUCAGGCGGUGAGCACGGAGGUGGUGCGUAUGCGAAAGAAAAGAGCUAAGAAAAUUGAGGGUGACUCAAUUUAUGUCAGACAUAGCCUUUUAAUGUUGGAGGAGUUCGAUAAGCCCCAGGAGGACUUGCUCAAGCAUCAUGCCAGUAUCAGUGAGUUGAAGAGGAACUUCAUGGAAUCCGUCCCGCAGCAGAGGCCCAGUGAGUGGGACAAGCGCCUGUCCACACACUCCCCGUUCCGCACCCUGGGGAUCAAUGGUCAGCCUCUGCCCAGUGCAGAUGGGCCCCCUCUGGUGCAGACCCAGACAGUCACCAUCACAGCUGUCUCCAACUCCUUACCAAGUGGCAUCUCCACCACAGAGGUCCCUGUCGUCCCAACCAAGACCUUCAUCUAUGAAUCUUCAAAGGUGACAGAUGACGGGACAGACGACAAAGAUGGCACAACUGUGUCCAGCUCCAAGACUGUUACCUCAGAGGCCACCAGUGGCACCACAGUCACCACCACUACCACUCACAUCUCAAAGGUGGUGAAAAGCGGAUCUUCGGAGACUCGUGUGGAAAAGAGAAUCGUCAUAACUGCAGACUCUGACAUUGACCAAGAGAAGGAGAAAGUUGGCGGAGCAUCAGCAUUGUAACUGAAUUGCCGCCCACAUUUACUCCACCUCUGACAUCCCUUCUAGAGGGCUGUACUCAACACACAGUGACCAGCUCUAUCUGCGCACACAUAUCCAAAAAGAAAUAUCUGCACCUAAACUUAUGGAUAACGGAGUAGAAAAAUUGUAGUAGAUUUAUUUUGUUUUCUUUUUUUCCCCCCAUUGAGCUGUUCAUUGUAGGUAGAGGACGGCUGCAUAGUGCUCCAGUUUUCAAAUGCUUUUCUCAUCCAGGUGUAAAAAAAUAAAAGCUUAGUGAAUACACUUCCAUUGGUUAAAAAAAACAGCAUUUUGAGUUAAGUGAUCUCAGUUAUGUUUGCUUUUAAAUGCUUUUAUUUUCCUUAUGGUUUUUACAUUGUUGAUUUUAUACAAAUGUACUGUUUCCAUUCUAGUUUAGACACCAUUAUCAGCAUUUAUUCCCUUGGUGCUGCUAGGGGAACGGUAAGGCUACAUUCAAGGGAACUUUUUUGUUUGUUUGUUUAUUGUUGUUUACUUGUCUAUUUAAUUCAGGAGUGACAUUUUUGAAAAAAUUAAAUGACAUACCUCGCAUCAAUAUGUGAACAAAGGUAAUAUAUGCUUAAAUUUGGACAGUUGUUUGGUUUUGGUCAAUGCUCAGGUACAAAAACAUCAAUUAUUUUCUUCACUAACCAGCCAAGAACUGGUAGCCUACACAUUAUUGUAAAGUUUGAAUUAAAAAUGGAUCUAUUUUGAAAUAUUUCACUAUUUUAUAGAAUUGAUGAUUUUAUAGUAUUUGUACAAAUUUAAGGUUUUUAAGUUAUUCACAUCCAUCUGCUCAUUAAAUUGUAGGUUACCAUUGUGCUGUUUACUGGAUUUUGAGGUCUCUGUAAGACCUGCUAACCUGCCUGACAUCCUGAAUCAUUCUUAUUCGUUUCCUCUUGUAGUCCACCAAGUUUGUCUAACAUUUAACAAUUUACAUUUGACAAUGAAGUGCUUCCCUCUGCCCUGUGUUUUGUUCAGUAGCAAGUCAUAAUUUCUUUGAAUAUAUUUGGUUGAUAAUGAAAGUUUUACAAGCUUUGGUCUGUUUAUCUCAGGUUUUGAUAUUCUUUGUAAGACUACAGACCUCCUUGAUUGUGUGAGGAAUGUCCAUAUAUGUAUAUUCACCCCAACUUUAAAUGUACAUUUAUGUUCAGCCAAGUGAGGUCAGUAAAUACAAGGCUUGUCUGUCACAGUGACCAUGUGUAAGAGGUGAAGGCAGCUGUCCCAGUAUAUGUGGCUUUUCUCUCAUAGGAGCACAAGUUGUUUUGUUUUUUUUUACAUUUAUGUUCUACUAUACAGUAAUUUAUUUGUAAAGUAGGACCUGUCUCAUGUGAUUUGAUGUAUUGUGAUGUUUUUCAACACGAGCUGGUUUCUAGGCUUCCACUAGAGAUGUCACCAUGUUAAAUAUUGUAUUCAUUAUCAAGAAAGUUUGUAAAGCCUUUUUACCGCAUAGUCUAAGUAGAUUGCUCUCUCACUUGCCGUUUCCUGUACUUUUACUUAGAAGAGAACAUGCUUAAAAUAUAUACAGGUCCCUUUUAGGUAGCACCAUUUGUUAUCAAACUUUUUCAACCCACAAAGCUAUUGGUAUUGUAGCUACACGGAAAAACAACAAACCUCUCCUGGAAGAAAAUGUAGAAUUUCACUUGAAGAAAAUAGUUUUUAGACGAUGGAAAAUAAUGUUGCUUUGUGACUUAUCCCUCUUUUUAUGAAAAAAUAAAACAUGCAUUAUUUUG